AUGGGCUUCGCUGAGAAUGCACUGUCACUGGUGACGGUCACCAAUGUUUUCCUCGGUCUCGUCGCCUAUGUUGUCUUCAAAUUUGUCUCUCAGAUUGUUCACUACCGUUUCUUUCACCCGCUUAAGGCUUUUCCCGGUCCUUUCUGGGCAUCAGUGACUCGCCUUUGGAUAGCGAAGCAGAACCUGCAGGAAACGGAGUACUUGACCGCGCAUGAGCUGUCCAAGAAAUAUGGCCCCGUCGUUCGCAUUACCCCAACUUUGUUGCUGGUCAGCGACCACUCCAAGCUCCCCGAAGUCUAUCACCGCAAUGCCGAUAAGACCGGCCACUACAUCACCGGUAGCUUCGGCGAGAACGAGUCUUUGUUCAACAUGAGAUCCCACAAGCAGCACGCCUUGUUCAGGAAACACAUUGCUGGUCCCUACAGCUUCACCAACAUCAGGAAGAUGGAGCUGCUGAUUGAUGCGCGCAUCCGCGAAUGGAGCAACAAGCUCGACCAGGCCUUUGUCAAGACCGGCGAGCCCUUUGACUUUGCCUGGUGGGCAGUGUACAUGGCAUACGAUAUCAUCAGUGAAAUCGGCUUCGGCCGCCCCUUUGGCUUCAUCGAAAAAGGCGAAGACAUCGGCGGUCUAAUCCAAGGCUUCCAUGACGGCCUUCCAGCAUUCGGCCUCCUCGCCCGCCUCCACCCCUUCACCUCAUGGAUGAAAACAACCUUCAUGAAGAAAUACCUCGUCGCAACACCCCAAGACGACUCAGGCAUAGGAGUCCUCAUGCGGUUCCUCGACCGCCUGAUCAAAGAGCGUCUCGAAGACAUCCAAUCCGGCAACAAGAUCGAGCAAACCGACCUCUUACAAACCUUCCUCGAAGCUCGCACCGACGAAGGCAAGCCCCUAGACCUGGAAUACAUUCGUGCAGAGGUCCUACUCGUCCUUCUCGCAGGCGCAGAUACCACCGGGACCGCAUUCCAGGCCAUGAUCCAUUUCCUGCUUACGCACCCGGAAGCUUACGAUCGCAUGAUGGAGGAAAUCGACUCCGCUUCGCGCAAGGGCCUCAUCUCCGAGAUGCCCCAGUACGACGAGGUCCUCGAGCACCUACCCUUCUUCGUCGGCUGCGUAAAGGAGACUAUGCGGCUCUGCCCGUCUGCACCGAACAUCUUCCCCCGGUAUGUUUCCGAGCCGGGACUCGAGCUGUUCGGCAAAUUUGCCCCUGCUGGCACGGAGAUCUCGUGUAAUCCCUACCUGGUGCACCGGGACCCGACUCUGUACGGCGAGGAUGCGGAGGAGUUUAAGCCGGAGCGCUGGUUGGACGUGGAAAAGGCAAAGUUGUACAAUAAAUACAAUAUGGCGUUUGGGUAUGGCUCGCGCGUGUGUCUUGGUCGGGAUAUUGCUAUGAUGGAGUUGUUUAAGGGUCCUUUGCAGUUCUUCCGAUGCUAUAAGCCUGAGCCUGUUAAGGGUAAACCUGAGCCGAAGUUCGUUGUUAAGGGUGGUGUUGGUUACUGGCGUGAUGUGUGGCUGACUAUCUCCAAGAGACCGGAGGUCAAGGCUCAGUAG